AUGGACGAUCCUCGAAGGCGUCCAGCUGGUGCGCCGCCUUCGCGCGGCCCGGCUGGUCCUUCUCCCGUUCGCAAUCCCGGGGGAAGCGCUAUGACUAGCAAUGCCUCUCGGCGCGGCCCGUCCAGCACUACUGGCGGCGGCGGCGGGAGCUCAGCGGGCCGCGGGAGAGCGCGGCCGCUUAGGGGAACUUCCGGCACUUCCGCUCCGCCAGCGCAAAGGGGCGGGGGGGGGCCUGGCGCAGCUCCGCCAGCUAAGUCCGCCGCCGCAGGCAGGGGCGCGAGGAGCGGGAAAGGUAUGCGCUUGCGCCCGGCGCGCCCGCGCGUGCAGUUGCGGAAGUACCCCGGAUUGAAGCCCGCCAUAUCGAGCUACAGUAAGCUACGCGCACGCGCCACGGGCAAGCUCGUGGAGCCGAAAAAGCGCCUGCGGUUCAGCGAUAAAGUGGAGGUUGCCACGUGGGACGCUGACGUGGAGGAUGAUCCCGGCGCCAACUCAGCUGCUGUGGCAAGUUCCACCAGCGGUAGUAAGAGGCUUUUCCUCCAGAAUGUGUUUCUUGGCGCCAAGGAAAGCAUCAACGACGCUGCGGGAAGUUUGUUCGGGCAGUCGAAAAGGGAGCUCCCUAAGGAUCUGCCCACGGCGUUUGUUCGAGACGCUCCUAGAUCGAAGGAGUUAAAGAAGGCCUAUAAAAAGGAGCAGCGCGCGCGGGGCGACAGUGAUUAUGCUAAGAAGGAACACCGACCAAGGACCAAGAAGGACGGCGAAACGCGAGAGCGGAAGGCUGUCGCAGGCGGGCAGUCUGCAAAUAAAGGAGCGGGCAGGGGGAAGCCAGGUGACAGAUCCGUAUUAUCCAGCGGAGCGCAGUCUUUCGGGCAGAUUGAAACAAAAUCGGAUCGGGCAGCACCGGAAAAGAAUCUCAUGCCAACGGGUAGCAGGAGCCUGAAAGUGGAAGGCGGAGGGGGAGCGGUUGGGGGCACGGGAGGGGGGGGAGGAGGGGUAUAUGGAGGGAAAUUGCUUGCGACUGGGAGCCUGGUUCCUAGAGACCCGCAAACUGUUGCGGCUGCCGCUGCGGCAGUGGCGGUUGCGACGGCGACAGCGGGGGCUGUGACUGAUGGUGCUGUCGGUGGGAGUGGGCUUGGUGAGAAAGAGGACGACACGGAGGGGGUCGAGGAGAAAGCGAGGGAGGAGGGGGAGGAAGGAAAAGAGAGAGACAGCGAUGACGACAGUAGUGUGAGCGACAGCGAUAGUGAUGAUGAUGAGGAGGAGGAGGAGGAUGAGGAUGAGGAGGAGAAAGUACAAGGGGUCUGGGUGGACGAGGACAUAGAGUCGUCGGAGGGAGAGGAAGACGAGGAAUGGGGAGAAGAAGGGAUGGAGCAAGGCCAGCUGGAUGCUGACGUGGCAGCUUCUGCUGGCAGCCAGGUGGCAGCAUGGGAGGCGGAGGAAGCUUCGGGUUCAGCAGUAAAGACAAGUGCUGCGAGUCAGGCGGAAGGCGGAACCCCCAGGCGCAUGCGCAGUCCCUCCCCCAUAGGGGCGCCGCUUUCCCCCCGAGGGGCGCAGCCGUCUCCGCAGAUGGGCGCAACUGCAGUCGGAGUGGAGGCGUUGACUCUGGCAGAUAACGACAAAAAGCAGAGCGGCGCCCCCCAAACGAACCAAUCAGUCGCCCGUAACGAAUCCGAACCCCUCGCGGUUACCACCACUGCCUCUCGCCAAUCUUGGGGGUCCGCGCAGCAGCCUGGCAGCAGGCGAUCCGUUUCAGUGCAAUUCAAUAUGAGCGACAGCGAUCUUUAUUCACACCGUGCCGAUGAUGCUAAUGAUGAUGGGUUGCCCAUGCACGGAGGAGGGAGGGGGAACGAACUCUCUACGGUGAGCCCUAUGCGGCAGCAUCAGCAGCAGCAGCAGGACGCGCAGCAUCGGGCUGACCGGUUCGGUCCUUUAUCUGCCCGGGGCACGCGGCAGAAACCUUUUCCGGACGACGAGUGGUUUGGGGAGGGGGAUAGAGGUAAGGGGGGGCGGGGUGGCAUGGGGGAAGGCGGGGGGAACAUGAGGGGGGGCGGGGGAGGGCGAGGCAGAGGGGGAGGGGCUGGGGAAUGGGAGGGGGGAGGAGGAGGAGGAGGGGGAGGAGGAGGGGGAGGAGGAGGAACGGCAGAGACUGGCCGAAGGGCUUCGACAGGAGCAGUGGGACCUGGGGGAAGGGGAGCAGGGAGAGGGGGACCAAGUAGGGACGGGCCGGACGUGUUUGGUGCGGGCUCCAAGUCUAUGCGUGUGCCAGGUCGGGACACCGGAGGUCCGUCUCCCGGACCUAAGCCGCAGGCUCGGCCGUCGGCGACUCACUAUGCAGAUGAUAUGGAUUUGCCACGGGGCGGGCAGAGGGAGGGGUCGGGGGGAGGGGGAGAGGAGUGGCGAGGGGGAAGGGGAGGGGGACGAGGGGGCGGGGGUGGGGGCGGGGGCGGGGGUGGGGGAGGGGGAGGGGGGAUGGGGGGACAGUACCAACCCCACACGGAUACCUUUGGUCCCAUGUCUGUUAGGGGCCAGAGACCCAAAUCAAUGUCUGAGGAUGAUUGGAAUGAUCAGGGUUACGUGAGGGAUGGGAGGGAGCGGGGAGGUGGGGACGGGAGGGGGAGGGGAGGAGGAAUGGGUGACGGCAGGGGAGGGGGAGGCGGAGGCGGAGGGGGAAUGGGGGGGCCAAGGCGGGUGGGGGAGAGGCCGGGGGGACAAGAUGGGGGUGGUGGUGUGAGGCGGCCUGCUGCUGGUGGUGGCGGCGGUGGUGCUUAUAGUGGUGGUGGUGGUGGUGGCGGGGGUUACGGUGGUGGUGGCGGGGGUGGUGGUUAUGGUGGUGGUGGUGGUAGUGGUUACAGCGGUGGUGGUGGGGGUUACAGUGGUGGUGGUGGUGGUGGUGGUGGUGGGGGGGGUGGGGGUGGGGGUUACGGUGGUGGGGGGGGUUACAGCGGCGGUGGGGGGGGCAUGCCCAGCCGCCCAGGAGGAGGAGGGGGUACGGGCCAGGGUGGGGGAGCAGGGGGGCCGCGGAAGCCGUUGGAUUGGAAGCAACAGAUGGCUCAGAUGCAACUGGCGAACAAGGAGAAGCAGAAGGACCGCAUUCUGAAGAUGCUGGCUGAUGGGUCACAGGACAAGAGCCGUGGCGGCGGGUAUGGGAAGAGAUAG